AACCCAUAAAUCCAUAAUUAGUUCAUCUCACAGCUUUCACAGAAAAUAAUGGAAGAGCCGGAAACUCCAACUGCCUUCUCCGGCGCGGCGGCGAUGAGCCAAGAAACAGCCAUGUUUUCCGACGACAUCGACAGCAGUUGCUCCACUCCGUAUGUGAGCGCCCCCUCUAGCCCAGGCCGCGGCCAACCUCACUGUGGAUUUUACUACAGUGCUCCCGCUAGUCCCAUGCACUUCGUGCUUUCCACCACUAGUCUCAUUUCCGGCGCUUCUGUUCACUCUGAGGCCUCCGCCGCAGCUGCGGCGGCGAAUUCCUCCUUCGAAUUUGACUUUUCUUCUAGGUUGGCGGGCGAGGGCGACGCCUGCGCUGGAUCUAUGAGCUCCGCCGACGAGUUGUUCUUCAACGGCCAGAUCCGGCCGAUGAAGCUUUCCACGCAUCUCCAGCGCCCCCAAGUCCUGGCGCCGCUGCUUGAUCUCGACGAAUCGGAGGAGGCGGAUAUGGAUCGCAGCGAGGAACAGGCGUGUAGGGGGAGGGAUUUGAAGUUCCGCGAUAGAUCUUUGCGUCGGAGGACCCGAUCCAUGUCGCCGCUCCGAACCGCUUCGUUCCAGUGGCACGAGGAUUUUGAGGACAAUGGAGAACGGAAACCUAGCAAUGAGGAAAAAGAGAAAGGCAAUGAGGGGGAAGUUAAGCACGAAGAUGAGGCCAAUGAAACGACGCCGUGUAAUUCCGGAUCCUCUUCGCGGUCCUCUUCUGUCGGGAGGAGCUCCAAGAGAUGGGUAUUCUUAAAGGAGUUUCUCUACAGAAGCAAGAGCGAAGGUAGGAACAAUCCCCACAAGUUCUGGGGAGCUUUAUCGUUUUCUCCGGUGAAGGAGAAGAAAACUCCGGAUGCGCCGGCGACAAGCGGCGGCGCUUCAGAUGUGAAGAAACCAAAACCCGCGAGCUCGAAAGAGGCGAGGAAGAAACCGGUGAACGGAAACUCAGCCGGCACCGGGAAAAGGAGGGUGCCGCCGUCGCCUCACGAGCUGCAUUACACGGCGAAUCGAGCUCAGGCGGAGGAGAUGAGGAAGAAGACAUUCUUGCCGUACCGGCAAGGCUUGCUGGGUUGCUUGGGGUUUAGCUCAAAGAGUUAUGGAGCUAUGAACGGUCUUGCUAGAGCAUUGAACCCCGUCUCUUCAAGGUAAAAUUGUAAAGAUUACCACUAUUACUAGUAACUCCAAAAAUUAAUGUAUAGACAUAUUUUUCACCUUCCUUUAUUUCAUUUUUCUUGUUUUGGUAAUGUUUUCCAGUCAUUGUGAUGUCUAUUUAAGAUAGGGAACUUCUCUUUAGAUUGGAAAGAGAAGUUUUCAAUCGAUCUGCUUAAUCAUGGAUUUGGUUUAGUACUUGUGUAGCCAUUCAUGGAAAUCUAUGAAAUUUCUUUACCUCA